GUGGAUAGUGACGGAUCUGAGAUGGGGUCGGGAGUCUGGUACAGGCUAUAUUCGAGUUUAUACAGGCUUUAACGGAACGUAAGAAAUACAAGGCUAUGAUAAGGAAAGUGUUACCUGACGUUCUUUUCUAUCUCAUCACCUACCUGUCUAUACCUGAAUACCAGAUGGAGUUGUGGAAUGAAGACCCAGAGAAGUACGUGGAGGAUGAUGACGAGGAUAGCAUGAACUACACCGUAAGAACAGGAGCAAUGGAGCUGCUUAUGGAUCUGGCUACAGAACUGAAGACGUCCUACGUAGAAGCGCUCAUGAACGCCAUCACGCGACACAUCUCCUCCUGCGGGAAUAUCGCGGAGGGGUAUAACUGGAAGUUAUAUGAAGCGUGUGCAACAGCCAUGAACAUCAGUGGAGACGUGGUGGAAGAGUGUUUGGAGGCUAAGAAGGUGGAUUUCAACUUUGGAGCUUUCUACAACACGGUUGUGUUGCCCGGACUAAAUGUAGAUAAGCCUUAUCUACGAGGGAGACUGAUAUGGAUGACAGGGAGUUACAUUAAGCGCCUCCCCUCGGAAGAGUCACUCAACACGCUGUUAGAACACACCUGCUCUGCUCUCAAACCAGGCACUCCUGCUGCAGUUAUGAUAGGUGCUAUGAAGGGGGUCUACGCUAUGUGUGCUGAGCUCACUGAACCAGAAGAGAAACUGGUAUUGCACAAGUCAAUGGAGCUUAUAAUCCCCUCUCUGUUUGACCUGGCAGGUAACAUGGAGGGUGACCUCCUCAUGCUCUGUCUAGACGCCCUCAGAGUCAGUGUGGGCUUCAGACCUGAUAUUGUAGCUGUAGAGGCAGACAAAGUCAACACGUUCCUGGUCGAGCUGUUCGUUAAACACGCUAGUGACACUUUCGUCGUCAGUCAGGUUAAUGACGUGCUGAUAACUCUAGCUGAAAUACCGGAAUGUAGAGGGUCUAUACAGAACAAUGUAGUACCCGUCCUGCUCCAGAUUCUAAGAUCCCCCACUGCUACUUCUCCUAAGAAGCAGAGCGAGGAGGAUGAGGAGGACAUGAGAACUGAGGUCCUAGAUCUCCUCACUACUUUCAUCAGGAAAACUCCUCCUCCUCUACCUGAUGUGUAUAUUAAGGAAGUGUUCCCGGCCGCGAUGGCUCUUACAAUAGGGUGUGUGAAGGACAGUACAGCUAUAUUGCAGAGUGGCGGGGAGUGUGUGCGCGCGUGUCUCGCGCUGGGAUUCCAGCAAGUCACCGCUCUAACUAUUAAUGGUAUAACUGGUAUGGAGUACACUAUGCAGCUCAUUGCUAAGAUGUUAGACCCGGAAAUGAGCGAGUACGGGGCACUUUACUCCGGCAGAUUGGUAUCCAGUCUUAUUAAACACGCUGGAGCAGCUCUCAACAUCAACCAGAUCCUGCAAGCUGUUCUUAACAAACUCACUAAAUGUGAGUCGCCUACAAUCCAGCAGAGCUUGUUAGUAGUGUUUAUUAAGCUCUUUAACCACGAUCUAGAAGGUUCCAUGUCCUUCCUUCAGUCCAUCAACACGCCAACUGGAGAAAACGGUCUCGUCUUCGUUCUAAAAUCAUGGUGUGAGAUCCAGGAGAUGUUUACAGGGGAGUAUGAAACUAAGGUAGCAGUAAUAGCCCUCACUAAGUUCCUGCCCCACCUCCUGGCGCAGGAUUCACCCCUCUCUCACAUAAUGGUGUCUGAUGAGGAGAUAUCGCUAGAAGGGGGGAGGAUUACACGUUCCACUAAAGCUCAACAGGGUCCCACUAUGAUACCUAUCACUGUCAAGAUAUUCAAGAUACUCGUACAGGAGUUCGGUAACGUGUUGGAGGAAUUAGAAGCAGAGAGGAACGGAGACAUUAGUGAUGAGGAGGAUGAUGAGGAGGAGGAGGAGGAUGUGGAAACUCAGUUCGUUUCUAUCGCCCAACUUGCUCACAUGUUGGGAGAUGACGAUGAUGAGGACGAAGACACUAAAGACGACCCACUGAACGAAGUAGAUCUACACAGUCAUCUCCAACAGUUCUUAACUCAGCUGUCCACUCAUAACACCUACAAUCAGCUCUGUCUGGCGCUAACUGAGAAUGAGCGUACGGUGCUGAGCUCUCUGCAAGUGUCCGCGGAGCAAAAUAACUCAAAUAUGCGGUUUGGUUGAGGAAGGUUAAUAUGGUGUUACCAUGGUAAUACUACCAUAUAUGGUGUGUGGUAAUACUACCAUAUAUGGUGUGACCUGAGCUUUUUUAUGAAUCUUUGGAGUCUUUUAAAACGUUGAUGAAUUUAUAACAACUUUUAAAUAACUUAUUUUGAAAAGUGUUGAUAUAUGUAGUUUGAAUUGGAUAGAAUUCUUGUCUUUUAUUGCUUA